CUCCGCCCCGCUGUGCUUCUUGUUUUCUUCGCACCGCUCUCGCUUGCUCGUCCCAGAGCUGCUGCGCCGCGCCGGGAGGCGGAGGUAGCUGAAGAAAUAGCCUGAAGAUGAACUUCUUCCUGGAAACAUUAAAAGUCAUUGUACUUCUUGUUUAUUACUUACUGGAGUCACUGGUGUUCUUGGUUGUGCCUAAACGGAAGAAGAAUGUUAGUGGUGAAAUAGUAUUAAUAACAGGAGCAGGAAGUGGCAUUGGAAGACUCUUAGCAGUAAAGUUUGCCAGCCUUGGAGCCACGCUGGUCCUCUGGGAUAUUAAUCAAGAGGGGCUCAACUACACACUUAGACUGGCCAAAGAAAAUGGAGCAGGAAGAGUACACUCUUACAUCUGUGAUUGUAGCAAAAGACAGGAUGUCUACAGAGUAGCUGACCAGGUUAAAAAAGAAGUUGGAGAUGUUAGCAUCCUGAUCAACAACGCUGGUAUUGUAAUUGGGAAGAGAUUUCUUGAUUCUCCAGAUUCACUUGUAGAAAAAACUAUGGAAGUGAACACAAUGGCACACUUCUGGACUUACAAAGCCUUCCUCCCAGCAAUGAUUGCUGCUAACCAUGGACACUUGGUUAGCAUAGCAAGCUCUGCAGGACUGUGUGGAGUCAGUCAGCUUUCAGAUUACUGUGCAAGUAAAUUUGCAGCAGUUGGUUUUGCAGAGUCAAUUGAUAUGGAGAUGAGAACUCUGAGAAAGACUGGUGUUAAAACCACAAUUGUGUGUCCUUAUGUCAUAAACACAGGAAUGUUUGAUGGUGUUAAAGCCAAGUGGCCACGUGUACUUCCCCUUCUGGAUGCAGACUAUGUGGCUGAGAAGAUAAUCACUGCUGUUCGGCAGAACCAAGAAAUGUUGUUGAUCCCACGCAUCCUUUAUGUUUUAUGCUUUUUGAAAAGUUUCUUAUCAGUGAAAGCAACUGUUCUCCUUUUGGACUACUUUGGAAGCCUUGAAAUCAUGAAUCCCUUCAAAGGUCGACCAAAGAAGGAGUGAAAAAGCACAAAAUUCAGAGACCAGCAGCUCUAAAGUGAAUGUUAAAGGUGGUGGUGGGAAAAGUUUGCUUCCCUAGCAGCUGUGAACUUUGGGUGUCUCAUUUCUCAAUAGUAACAAGAUUUUUAAAAUUUGCUUUUCAGCUGGCUCUUAAUCAACAGCUUUCAUCUGAACUAUUUUUUUUAAUCCAGUGACUUGUUUUCUUUUCACUUCAUUAUGAAAAUACAUUAAUUGAAUUUAGUUGCUUUGCUUAUGACUGUUUAUAAUGCCUUGAAUGUGAUCCUGCAUCACAAACUAGUAAUUGGCAACUUUGGGGGGAAGAAAGGACCAAGAAACCACAUGUAUUUAGCAGGUAGCCAGAAAAGCCUCUAGUCGACCUGACUUCUUGCUGCCAUUCAGUGAACCAUGAGGAUGGGCUGUACUGCUGGUGCCAUUACCAUUCCCUGGUAAGCUGAGGAGUUCAAGAAUUUCCUCAAACGACAGAUUCUAACUCUUACAAAUGAAAGUUUUGUGAGAUAAAAAUAUGUGCUGUGUUGGUGAAAAAAAAAAGUUACAUUUUCUAAUUUUUGGAGGUGUGAUCUCUCAACUCACAGAUGACAAUGGAUGUUGGGGCAAGAACAGGGAAGGAUGUGUGAAUUAUGCAUUUGCUGCUAAUCUACUUUGUGCCUAAUUUAUUUUAAAAGCUAAUGCCACCACUGCAACUUUGUAACAGAAGUCUCUGUAUCUUUUAACUACAGUAUUUUAAGAAUUAUUUUAAAUUGUCAUCUCCUAAGAAGAGUAAACUUGUAUUUAUAAAGCAUGAAACUGCCAAACCAGGGGGGCUAUUGAAUGUCAACUGAGACAACAAACUACUAAAAGCAAGUUAUUCUGUUGUAUAAUAGGGGUUUCUCUUGGGAUUAUUUCAGAAAGGAAUGAUGCUGGUAGAACUGGAGUGAAUGCUAUCAUUACAGCCAUUGUUUGAGUAACAGCAUAAUGUUUUGAUUCUCUGAGUUGGGUGACAGGUUGCCUUGUGUCUACAGAGACUUGUUUUACUUUCCUUAGGACUGUCCAUUUAUUUUGAGCAUAUGCUGAGGAGGCAUUGCCCUUAUUGAUAAUGGAUGCUUGGAAAGCUACCUUGACAUUUUGUAAUCCAAAACAAGAAAAAGGAAGCUCCAUGUGUAUGUCA